AUGGAAGCCUCAUCACUCCCCUACCACGAGCCGUCAAUCGUGCAAGUGCUCACCCUGUCCUCCUUCGGCCUGCUCCUCAACCUAACAAACUGGGCGCUCGAGCGCACCAUCUACUGCGGCCUCGUCGGGCAGAUCCUCAUCGGCGUCUUCUGGGGCACCCCACUCGGCGACUGGCUCGACUCCAGCAUUGAAGCCGCCGUCGUGCAGCUAGGCUAUCUCGGACUAAUCCUCCUCGUCUACGAAGGCGGCCUCUCCACCUCCCUCGCCCCCCUCCUCCACAACCUCCCGCUCUCCACCGCCGUCGCCGCCACCGGAAUCCUCCUCCCCAUCGCCCUCUCCUUCCCCCUCACGGCCCUCCUCCCCGGCACCACCCCGCUCCAAUGCUUCGCCGCCGGCGCCGCCCUCUCCGCCACCAGCCUCGGCACCACCUUCUCGAUCCUGACCUCCUCCGGCCUCGCGCGCACCCGCCUCGGCACCGUCCUCACCAGCGCCGCAAUGAUGGACGACGUCGUCGGCCUCAUCAUGAUCCAGGUCGUCGCCGCCCUCGGCACCAGCACCAGCUCCGACUCCGGCGGCAGCUCCAUCAGCGGCGCCACCAUCGGCCGCCCCGUCGGCGCCUCCCUCGGCCUCCUCCUCUUCGUCAUUCUCGCCUGCCGCUGGCUCGUCGCGCCGCUCCACCGCCACCGCCACCGCUCCCUCCGCCCAGGACCAACACCCACACCCACACCCGCGAACCCUCCCGCAGAAGCAGCCCGCCCCGCACUCAGCGCCGCCAACCGCGCCUUCACAAUCCACACCGCCCUCCUCCUCACGCUCGUCACGACCGCCAGCUACGCCGGCACCUCCGUCCUCCUCGCCGCCUUCCUCGCCGGCGCCGCAAUAACCUGGUCCGACAACCUCUCCCCGACCACCACCACCACCACCACCACAGCGUGGACAGGCGCACGCAUAUACGAGCACUACUACGCGCCCAUCACGACGCGCCUCCUCACACCCUUCUUCUUCGCCUCAAUCGGCUUCUCGAUCCCGAUCACCCAACUCUUCGCGGGCAGCACGGUCUGGCGAGGCAUCGUCUAUGCUGCACUCAUGGCGCUGGGGAAGCUCCUGACGGGCGUGUGGCUGCUGCGUUUCCGCGUCCCGGGGGUUGCGGUUGCGGGGAGGAUUAGGGCGCUGAGGAAAUUUGGUCCUGCGGCGUGCACCACUCCUGCCACUACCACUACUACUGCCACUCCCGCUACUACCUCUUCCACCACCACUGCCACUACCACCAAUUCUACACCUCCAACCAACACCACCCCCGCACCCGCACAAAAGCCCAAAUCGCUGUACCCGCCCUCGAUCCUGGGACUAGCCAUGAUCGCGCGCGGCGAAAUCGGCUUCCUUAUCGCGUCUGUCGCCGAAGCCCGCGGAAUCUUCAGUCCCGCCCCCGGCGGGGCGGAGGGCAGCUCGGAGCUGUACCUGGUUGUGAUCUGGGCGACGGUGGUGUGUACGGUGCUGGGCCCGGUGUGUGUGGGGCUGCUGGUGCGGCGGGUGAAGGCGCUGGAGAGGGAGCGGGUUGUGAAGGGGGGGACAAGUGGGGGUGUGGGUGUGUUGGGGAGUUGGGGGGUGGAUAUUGAUGUGCCGGCGGAGGGGUGGAGGGGGUAG